AUGGGUUUCUUCAAUUCAUUAAGGAAUAUAAUAAAAUGGUUCACUGACAAGGUUGGAUUUUCUGGACAUAGAGGACCAACAAAAUGUAAACAUGAAGAAUUUGAACCUAUAAACAAUAAAGGAGUACACAUGGAUGAAAGCCUUGUAGAAAUUCUUGAUAUCACAUAUGAAUCACUAUCUGAAACUGAUGAGGUGGAAAUCACAGAUGAAUCACUAUCUGAAACCGAUGAGGUGGAAAUCACAGAUGAAUCACUAUCUGAAACCGAUGAGGAGGAAAUCACUGAACCUGGGUCAUGUACUGUACCACUCAGAGCCAGUACACCUGUUUUGCUCAUUGAGGGUAGACAACAUGCAAGGAGAACUAUGUCACCAUUUAAUAAUAGAGAAAAUUUAGACAUUCCUGAAUGA